CCUCCUCCACAGCCUCUGGCUCUCCAACUGUUUCCAAAACUGUCUUUACGGAAUCCCAACGGCCUGUCCCACUACUCUACUGCUUACACAGCCACAGUAGCUCCUUAUUUCCCACAGAAUAUGGUUCGAUCUCCUCACUUGGAUAUACAAGUCCCUUCAGAGUUUGAUUGCUACAAUUCUCAGCCUUGCUUUCCUCCUCCCUCGCAGCCUCCUUUCCAGGCAUGUCUCAAACAUGCCAGAACCUUUCCAGGACUCCAUAGUCAAGUGUCAUAGGUGGAAAAACAAAAACAAGUAAGCAAAUGCACAAAAGCCCUCUCAAACUAGUUCCAAUAAAGGGGAAGGAGUACAUUCCAGAGAGCUCUUGGAAAUGAAAUUCAGUUUGGCUUGCCGUGUCACCUAUUCCAAUCCUACCUUUCCUUAACCUUUUAGCUCAAAUGAUCUGUGUUUCUUGAAAAGUCCAGAUUCUCAAGGCAGCUUGGUUGGUUGCUGCCCAGUCAAUGAUUGACAGGUCUUGGGUAAAGUGGCCAUCUCUGACCAAUCAGUCACGGUGAGGGGGUUGUCAUAUGGUAUGUAGGGGCUCUUUCAAGGGCUAAAAUCUGGGCAGAUUCUCUAGAACAGUGCUUCCAGGCCUUACUGUGCCUAUGAAUCCUCUGGGGAGCUUGUUAAAAUGUGGAAACUAACUCAGUGGAUCUGCAGUGGGGCCUUGAGAUUCUGCAUUUCCAACCAGCUCCUUGGUGAUACUGAUGGUACGGUCUAUGGACCACACUUUGAAUAGUGAGACUCUACAAGGGGUUGUGGUCAGGGCAUGCAGUAAAAAGUAUUCAAUACAUUCCUUUUAUUCUAGAAUGUUCUCCAUUCUUCGCUGCCAGGAAAAGUUCUGCUCAGUGUUUAAGAUGCAGUUGAAAUGUAACCUCUGCGAAACUUGUUUGGGCUCUUAGAGAGUUAAUCUCCUGUAACUCCUUUGUGAUAAACCAGUUUUCUUUUGCCUAAUAGUUAUUUGGGUAUAUUUGUCACCAUCAUUUUUUGUUUAUUCUACUUUUUCUUUUAUGUACAGUAAAAUUCACUUUUUGGUGCACAGUCUAUGAGUUUUAAUAAGCUCAUACAGUUGUAUAACUACCACCACAAUAGAUUCAGGACAGUUCCAUCCCCCAAAAAAUUCCCUCGAGUGCCCUUUGUGGCCACUCCUCCCCACAACCCCAGCCCCUGACAACCACCGGCCUGUUUCUGUUCCUAUAAUUUUGCCUUUUUCAGAAUGUGAUAUGAAUGGGCUCAUACACUAGGUAAGCUUUUGAGUCUCCUCCAUUUUGCUGUGUCUAUGGAUUUGGGAUAGUGUCUAAUGCAUCUUUGGUUUUGCCCAAAUAAAUGCCUAACACCACGUUGGUGUUCAGAUACUCAUAUUAAUAACUCUUAUUGUAAUUAGUCAAAUAUCCUUUCAGAAGCCUGGCAUCUUUAUCAAUAAAUCCUCGAUGGCAUUGGUCCACUAGAGGCUUGGUGGUUUCACUGACUUUGUGGUGUUUCUUCAAUUCAGUGUUUUCCCACUUGCCUGGUCAUAAGAAUCUCCCGGGGUGUGUAAUAAAACCAGUACUCUCUCCUGCAGAUUCAGAUUUCACAGGUCUGGAGAGAAGCCUGGGGAAUCUAUACCAGCACUUCUCAAAUUUCACUUACAUCAGAAUCACCUGGAGGGCUGGGUUGUUGGCUGUCUUCCUGAGUUGCUGAUCCAGUAGGUGUGGAGUGGCGUCCCGGAAUGUGUGCUUCUAACAAGCUUCCACAUGAUGCUGAUGCUGUGCUCUGGGGACCCCACUUUGAGAACCACUACAGGAGCUAUGCUAUGAUCAGGUGUCUCAGGUGGUUCUUAUAUGCAUCCAGAUUUGUGAAAUCCAGCUUUAGUGCAAUUCAUAGGGGAGGGAGUGUGCUGUGGUACUUUUUUGUACCAAACAUUGCUCUCUGGCCAUGACAUCAAUCCCACUUCACCAGGGUUAACUUCUUCAGCCUACAUUGACUCAGAAGCAGAGAAUGCUGAGAUUUGAUUCAAUCAUUGUCCUCUUGCCAGGGAGACCAAGAUGAAGGCAUCCGGCUUCUGCUGAGGAUGCCAAUGCCAGUCGUGUGCAAAACCAGUUCCAGUUCUUUCUAAUUCUUCACACAGCCUUGAACAAUGUUGAUGUGGAAACUGUCUCUGAUGGGGGAGGCCGUUCCAUCAAGCCUGAAGGCAAGUGUGCUUCUAGGAAAGGGCAGGAUGAGGGUCCCCGCUGCCCUCACAGGCUGGGCUUGUGCCACCCUCUGCCUGGCUUCCUGCUCAUUUGCCUUUUCCCAUGGUGCUGGCUUGGUGGCCUGUGAGGACAUGCAGCCCAAGCAUAUUGGAGCCCAGCCUCAGGACCCUGGGACCCACCACAUCACCAUUCACACCAGCAGGUCUUCCUACUCACCAGGCGACACAGUUCCAGUGACUGUGAGGAGCGGUCGUAAUUUCAUGGGAUUUCUGCUUCAGGCUCGAAGAGUGUCUGAUCAUCAAAUAGCGGGCACUUUCGUUUUCGUUCCUCCUCAGUCCAAACUGAUGACUUGUUUUGAAGAGGCUGACACCGUCACCCACUCUGACAAGUCUCGGAAGAGAAACCUGUUGUUCGAGUGGAAGGCCCCUGCCCAGCCUGUCGGGGACAUCAGAUUCCUUUUAUCAGUAGUCCAGUCGUACUUCAUUUACUGGGCAAGGAUUGAAUCAUCUGUUGUGUCUCAGCAGACACACAGCAGAGCCCAUUCCGCCGGCCGUGUGGAGCUGGGCUCACGGAUGCCAACCCCAGGGCAGAGGCCGGAGGGUGUGGAAGGAACCACCCCAGCUGCCAGUCUCCCCAUCACUCUUCUACAGCAGCACGCAGAUGUCUUUGCUGUCGCCCUAACUGGACCUGCAGAGGAGGACAGCUUAGAUCCUGUUCCUGCCAGUUUUGGGGUGACAGAGUUUACUGGGGGUGCAGAGACUCUGUUUCAACCAUCUUCACACACAGCUACUGCAGUCAGCAAUGGCCAGCCACCCAGUGGGGACAGCAGCCCACCCCUGGAACCAUCCCUGGAUGUCCGUGGGCUGGAGAGGCUGGUGGCCCUUGGGAGAUUCUCCUCAGAGGGCUUUCCUUCCAGCCCUAGCACCUCCCACAGGACUCAGGAUGAUCCACGCUUUGAUUCCUCAGAAACUUGCCUGCCCUCAGAUAGUGAUGCACAGGACAAGAUGGAGAUCUCUAAUAGGACUGUAAUGAGGCCCCCUCUGUACACUGUCCAUCCUACCUAUCCUCAGCGCCUCCGGUCCUCUGAAGCACUUACUAGGAAUGGGGCUGUGGCAGCCAACCCAACCCCUGUAUUCCACACCUCUGCCACUCCCAGGCCACCUGCUGCUGGUGGCCAGUCAGAGGCGUCAAGGCCCUCUGUUAGCUUCUUGCCUCAGUCAAAGCACAAGGAGCCCAGAGUCGGGGAAGGAAAUGGAGAGGGCAGAGUGGGACACCCUAGGAAGACCAACCCAAAGCCUGAGGUUGGGCAAGAGGGAGCCAGUGACCCUUCAGGGAUCCAGCUCAGGACUCCACAGUUGGGAAUCCUGCUUGGGCUUUCGGCCACCUUGGGCAUGGCCCUGGCUGCUGGCCUUUGCUACCUGCACACCCAGUAUUGCCACAAGCAGACGGAAGUGUCCUUCAGUGAGCCUGCCCGGGAUGCUGUUGUCAGGAGCGAUGGUGGUGAGAUUGUGCAUGUCAGGAAGAUUGGGGAGAACAGUUUUGUUUUGGUUGAAGCCGAAUACAACUGGACCGCUCCCUCCGUGGGUGACAAGAAAACAAUCCUCUGAGAAGCCCGGUGUCCCAGGCCUCUCAGCGGCCCUCCUUAGACCCUGUAGAGUGUCUCAGCCAGAACAGAGCUAAUGAGAAUAGCUGAUGACAGGGAUUCACUGUGCUCCCGUCGGUGAGCAGGGAGUGGAGGAAGCUGUGAAAGGACAGUUUUAUCAACAGAGGGAGUUCUUCCCGAGCUUUGUUGUCUUAACAUCUGUAAUGUAGCUGCUUUUUUUCUUUCACAAUUAGAUGUUCUGUUUGAAGAGUUAAACUCAACACAAUGAAUAUUGUAUAACCUGCUCAUUAACUAGACUCCUGUGGCCGCUAAGCUUCCUCCAUUGCCUUAAGGAACCUGCAGAAAUAAAAUUUCUGUCCCUC